AUGUUGGAAUACGAAUCCGUCCACUCUAUAAAGAAGGCUCUCCGCAACAAUGCUAUCUGGUACCUAGCAUACGCCUGUGCUGGACUGUUGAUCCUGGCUUACUUGUGGUACAUGCAGCGGCUUGGUCUGCAAGGUAUACUUGGAUUCAUCUAUGCUGCUUCCAAUGCAUGGGGUCUGGUAUUGGUCACUCUGCUGUUGGGGUAUGGUCUAGUGGCUGUACCGCAGUGGUUGCAUGUGUUGUCAUAUGACAAACGCCAUAUGGAAGCUAUCUAUGCUCAGGUGGUAUCGGCAGAAGAUGCACGGCUUUCGGCGAAGUUCGACCUCAUGGACGUCUUCAACCAUUACCGUGAUCAAGAGCGCGAAUCAGGGCAGGGAGCUUCUAAGCAACUUAUACGAGAAGCGGGAGAGUUUUUGGGCAUUGCUGUGAAUUUCUAUGAUGGACGGGAUGAAGUUGUCUCCGAAUGUCUAGAGGGAGACACUGAAGGUGUCCGCGAGGCAUUCUCUACUCCCAUACCUCACGCGUAUCACCGCACUAUUCUGUGCGAUUCUAAGCAUUGGUAUAAUAGUUGGACAGGUCGGAUGUUCGGAACUCCGACAUCCACGGCUCCAGUAAUAGGCCAGGAAUUUGUCAUCUACUUCCCUUUGCUAGUUUUGGUCUUUUCACUACUCCAGCUCACUAACACGUACCAUCGCCUCGUUCGAGCUCUUGGUCUGUCGUCAACAUUCGAAUUUGAAGGCAGUGGUCUUCGUGCAGAUGCGCCGACAGUGGAGGAGGGCCGUAAAUUGUUACGACGCGAGCGGCUUCGUCGAAGGAAUCAGACGGAUCUUGAAUCUGGCCGACCCUCUCAAUACAGUAUGGUGGCCUUCCACAGAGGAGUCUCGGAGCUUCGUGACUACGAGCCGACUCAGGAGGAUCUCCACGUCGUCGUUGCUGACCGGUCGCCUAGUGAGGGAACGCCGUUGGUCGCCAUACAGAGAGAGAACAGCAGGGAAGAAGAUCCGGACUGGCUUUUGGCCGAUCGUGAUAUGGCAGACAUCCCUCGGGAGCUCCCAUGA